CUUCUUUCGUUUUUUUCUUCACCUCUUUCCUUUUUCUCUUCUUCUUCUGCCCACCUCCCCUUCGCCGACAAGUAAUUGACCUUACAGCGGGAUCUCUCACGCUUUUCCCCUGCUCGUGUUCAACCGCAAUUGAAACCUGGUCCCAAUUCCGAUCGCAAACACGAUCGAGGACUUCUGCGCUCAAUCAACAGUAGCACUACCUCGCUUUUACGCCUUUUAUUAUUAUCGGUGACCUCAGGAGUUAACAACCCCUCGUCAAAAUGGGUGGUCAAGUUUCCAAGUUAAUGGGGAAGAUCUUCGGGACGAAGGAAAUGCGGAUUCUGAUGUUGGGUUUGGAUGCUGCUGGAAAGACCACAAUCUUGUACAAACUGAAACUCACGAACCAGGAGGUCACUACCAUCCCCACUGUCGGGUUUAAUGUCGAAAGUGUAACCUACAAGAAUGUCAAGUUCAAUGUGUGGGAUGUCGGUGGCCAGGACAAGAUCCGGCCACUAUGGAGACACUACUAUUCCGGAACGCAAGGCUUGAUCUUCGUCGUUGACUCCAGCGACACGGCCCGGAUGGAGGAGGCUCGUUCCGAGCUUCACAAGAUCAUCAACGAUCGCGAAAUGAAGGACGCCCUUCUCCUAGUUUUCGCGAACAAACAAGAUAUUCAAGGCCAUAUGAGCCCCGAAGACGUCACCAAUGCACUCCAACUCAAUAAGCUGAAGGACAAGCUAUGGUAUGUCGCGCCUAGCGUUGCUACCGAGGGUACUGGUAUCUUCGAAGGACUUGCUUGGCUUUCCAACAACGUGAAAACACCAGCCCAGAAAUAAUUCCAUUCGCGCCGCCCAUCGUUGGCAGUGUAAAUCUAGGGACCCCAAUUGCAUGGCUCUCGUGUAUAACAUUUCCUUAUCUCGUUCGGCCUCUCUCGUUCAUGUCCGCUUUGAUGACAGAAGACGCAGCAUUUGCAGU